ACUUGCUGAAGUUGUGAAAAGCGUGCUUGGUGUGUACAACAACAAUAUCACAGCGGUAGUGGGAGACGGUUUCUUCAAUUUAAUUACAUCUCCUGACAUAAUGAACCACAGCUGACUGAAAGCAACACGAGCUUUAUUUUGAAAACCUCGGUCGGAAAUCCCAUUCCUUGUCCACGCUUGCUAGCAUGAUACUUGUGUGUUCUUGUGGACAAGGGGGUGCAUGGGGGAAACAUGGCCGCUGUAGACCCGUCGGAGUCUCCUAAACGGCUCGAAUCCCCUGCGGAGGAGGAGGUAACAUGUGGGAAGAAAACCGAGGCGGAAGAGUUGGUGUGCAGGUUAAAUCAGAAAGAUGGAAUAUGUGUUAAUAAAACCACAGAGAGCACCGACGAAGUGCAGAGGACCAGUCCUGGGAACGACGGCGGCUGCACUGCCAGCCAUUCCGAGGUUAGUGUCGAGUCCGGUGCUGCUGGAGCCGACCAAACGACAUGCAAUUCACCGACAAAACCACCGACGACGGGGGAGAAACACACCGAGGCUCCAGGCAGCGACCACAGGGAUUUCGACUGGUCAGAAACCGAGGACAACAACGAAGAGGCGCUGAAACAGAAGCAGGAAAAUGAUAUGUGUGACCUGAGUAAUGUAACUGAGAGUGCUGAAGAGGUACAGCAGGACACACAUGUUGAUGAUGAAGCUACAGAUGAUGCAGAGGAGACACACGAUGAGGAGGAGGAGGCGAACUCACAUUCUGAUGCAAAGCACACAAAGAUGCAACCAGAGACCGAGGGGCCGGUCGGACAAGUUGAUGGGAUAGAGGACGCUGCUGCUGCUGCUGCUGAGGAUGAGGAGGAGGAGGGAAAAAAGAAGGGGGAGAAGGGAGCUGACAUAAUAGUUAAGCCAAAAAAGUGCCGUUUGGUGUGUAAGGAGUGCGGGAAGAGGUUCACCCGGCGCGAGACGUUCAACCUUCACCGCCACUUUCAUGCACACGAGGAUGAGCUCACGCCCCUUACCUGUAAAGAGUGCGGCCUUACUUUUCAGCACCGCAGCAGCCUCAUUAAACACAGGAAUGAACACAAGGAGAAGGAGGAGCAACUUCUUGUUCCAAAGAAGGAGGUGCAGACGAUGGAGGCGGGUAGCUUUGAGUGUGCAGAAUGUGAGAGGAUCUUCUCUACAGUGGGAAAGCUGAGAGACCACAACUGCGUCAAUGCUGUAGAAAAGCCUUACCACUGCCCCCUGUGCCGCCAAGAGUUCCAGUUUAAGGUUUCUGUCACUAAGCACAUGAUGACCCACUCCCAGGAGAGCAACUUUACAUGCCAAGAGUGCAGUCAAACUUUUCCAAAUGCCACGGCCCUGCGCUUCCACCAGCGAUGUCACACCGCCCUAAAACCCUAUGAAUGCCCUGAGUGCGGCAUGGUCUUCAAACACUACUCCGUCAUGGAAGACCACCGGCGCAAGCACACAGACAACACACGCUCUCACCUGUGCAACAUCUGCGGUAAGACCUUCAAGUACAGCAGCCUCCUCCAUCAGCAUCAGUAUCUGCACACAGGCCAGAAACCCUUCCGCUGCCCUGAAUGUGGCAAAACAUUUGCCUUUGCCCAGAACAUGAAGGCACACUGCCGCCAGCAUAGACGGCUGGAAAACAACUGUCCCAGUGAGCAGACAUACUUGGCGCCAGCUAACCUGAGAGCCCACAUGCUAGUUCAUGAGGCUGAGUAUGAGAAGCUGGAUCGGACACCCAGACCCCCAACUGAGGUUAACAAAGUCUGGGAUAAAGGACUCGCCUGUCCCCACUGCCCAGGUGUUUUUCGUGAUGAAUCCGCUUUAAAUGUACAUCUGGUGAGUUUUCACAAGCCUGUAGCACAUUAUGUUGAAGAGGUACCGUCCCCACCUAAAAAACUAUUUAUCCCUAUAAGCAGUAGUACUAGUAGUGUGCAGGGCAAAUGGAGAGGUGAAGGUCUGAAGUCUUACAAAUGUUCUGAGUGUGCAAAAACUUUCCGUCAUCGCUCGGUGCUAGAGCUGCAUAUGCGCAUACAUUCCAAGGACAAGCCUUACCAGUGCAAAGUGUGUGGAAAAGGCUUUAGAUUCAGUAGCUACUUACAGCAGCAUCUCAUCAUCCACACAGGCAAGAAGCCAUACAAAUGUCCCGACUGUGGGAAGGAUUUUGCCUUUAUGCAGAACAUGAAAACACACCAGAAGCUGCAUCAGGAAAAACCGUUUCGCUGCACAAACUGCCGCAAAGGCUACAGCGAUGAGUCCCAACUGCAGCAGCAUAUGUUAUCACACAAUGGUGACAAACCUCACAAGUGUGACCAGUGUGACAAGAGCUUUGGAUUAGCCUAUCUGCUGCGUGAUCACAUGAACACACACACAGGGGAGAGACCGCAUCACUGCAAUGAGUGUAACAAAUCCUUUUCCUGGUUUAGCAGCCUGCUUGUUCACCAAAAGAUUCACGCUCGCAAGCGCCAGAAUUUUAGCCAGUAUAAUUCUUUCCCCCUGGUUACUAAAAUAAGAGGCAGGGGGAGGAGAGGAGGGAGACCAUGGGGCUGGUCUCGACAAUUAGGUGGUUCAGGUAUGCUUAGUGCUCAGCCGUCUCCAUAUUCAAUUUCUGCAUUGAGAGAUGCUGAGUUGCAUAGAAGGGCAGUCCAGACACAGUCUUCCAUGGUCUCAUCCCGCAUGGAUUUACAAAGCAGAAAGCAAAAGGAGCCGUGGUUACCUGACCUUCACCCUCAACCAGUGCAGUGGAAGGUAGACGGUGGAGAAGUAAUGCCUGCCCCAUCAUCACAGCAGCAACAUGCAGCUCUACAGCAGAACCAGUUUGAAAACCCAUCACAGUCAGGACUACAGCAGCACCAUCAGAGGAGUCCGGGCUGGGCAGAUAGCCCUUUGUUAACACAGUCAGGCUCCACAUCUGUUCAGAGCUCAGAGUCAUCACACAUGAAAGAGAGUCCUGCUUCUGUCAUCAGCUCCUUCCUGGCAGCUGUGCCACAAAAAUCCAGCCCGUCAGCAGUGAGCGAGAUGGAGCACAGGCAGCCCAAGCCUCUUAUUUGGAGUAGCCCAACCACAUCCACAAUGCUAGCUUCCACAAGCUCUUUGCAUGAUUUUUCUAUUCCGUCCUACAUAGACGGUGCAGCUUUGUGGAGCAUCAGACCUGCCCUACAGGCUAAUUCACAGAGUUCUCCAAAAAAGCUUGGUCAAGAGCUUCAACUGCCAAGAUGGCCAGGUGCCCUGGUGUCAAUGCAAAAGGAGCCGUCCACACCUUCAAAAAAAGAGGACAGUAGGGUGUGGGACCUAAGUGAUCCUCAAGUUAUACCAUCAACUCUUAGCCAGCCAGAGAAGCCGUGGAACGGCUGUGACCUACAAAACCAGUGGGUUCCAGGCUUAGUGGGAACAUCCACGUCAGCUCAAAUAGACCAAAGCAGUGCUAUGCCAAUUUCCACUCCUGUUUCUCAUGGGGUGGGUAGCACCUUGUGGGAUAUACAAACACCACCAGGUAUUCCAAAGACUUUGAACUCUGAGAAAUUAGUAAAUACUCAAGAGUUUCAGCUUCAGCAAAAACAGGUGGCGUCUGGCUGGGCCAAUAUACAGAGUCAAACGUCACAAAAAGUUCCUAUCUCCAUUCAAUACGAGCCUCAUCGGUUUGGCCAGGGGUUGGGAACACCAAUAUGGGGCUUCCAAAGUAAUGCUGUGGGUGCUCAAACACUUCUGGGCACUGGGCAACUCAAACCUGGGAAUGGGCAGGAGCUGCAGCAACAGCCGAUGGUUACAGGAACUCAAAUAAUCAUAAAUCAGCCUUCUCCCUUUUUUUCACCUCCCCUUGCUCCCAUCCCUCCUCUUGCUUUGCAGGGCCCUCACCCUCUUCACUCUGUCGCAGUUGGUGCACUUCCAAGACCGCCACACCCAAAUAUUUUUUUCACACCACAGGCAGUCAUGAGUGAGAGGCCACACUUGGCACAGACCCUGUCCCUACCUCAGCUUGCCCCUCGGACAGAACCUCACAAACUUGGACCCCGCCUGCCUUUUGCUCCAGAACGGCUCCUCCAGUGCAUGAUAUGCGGGUGCUCUCUUCCACGAGAAUUGGAUCUACAAAUGCAUUACUUACAACAUGCACAAGGAGAGAUUUGACAUUUGUACACUAGAAACAGAACAUAGUCUGUUUUUUGUUUCAUUUUCACAUGUAUAUUUUUUUCCAGUAGAACCUUGUUUAUUUAACCCUAAGUUGUGCGGUUUAGCCGGUUGAGAGGAUGGGCAUUAAAAACAAAAAGAUAAAGUGGAACUUGAUUUAUUCUGCACACUGCCCAUUUUAGGGUGUAUAUGUGUGCCAUUAAUUUCCUUUAACUAUCUUUUAAAAUGCAUUCAUGCUAUCUAAAUGCUUUCCUGGUUUAAAUAACUUCUGAAGGGGGCAGAUUGAGGGGUUCUACUGUUUGCAUUUCAUUUUAUUGCCAACAGCGUUUAGAUUUAGAGUAAAUUAGUACUUUUAUAGCUCUGUUCAUAUGUCCUGAACUAUUUGAACUGUGUUCCUUUAUGUACAGUAUACUGUGUGCCUUUUAUGAGUACAGUCUGCAUGUCUGCUGUCUUUGUAUUCUAGACCUAGUUUGUGCUUCAAGUAGACUCAACAAUCAGACCUCACUCCCGAAACACAAACUAUUUCCAACAUCCUGAAAAGAAUUGUUGGUUUUUGCUUUUGAUGAGGGGAGGGGGAGGGUUGUUGGGCUCAUUGAUUACAUGUGUCAAAACAUACAAUGAAAAGUGGACUGCUUACAGUACAACAAGCACUUGUAUUCAAAGGGGCCAAUGUCCAAAUAUAUUUUAAGAUAAGUUCGCAUCAUAACAAAUUUGCUAAGAGCAUAAAUAUCUGUAAACAAAUGAGAAGUUUACACCAUUAAUAAGUAAGUUUUCUCCAAAUGUAACUGUUGAGAUUACAAUCAAAAGGGAGUAAGUAGCUUCUUAACAUAAUUAUUCAAGACACUGUUAUUAAAUAAAAAGACAUUUUGAAAUAGAUUACUUUCAUUAUGUCAUGUUUUGUCAUUAAUAUUUUAGCAAUGGCAAGACAAACAUAAAACUGGUAAUAUAAAAUAGAUGUCUUGCUCUGAUCUGUCUAUUUUCUGAAGAUGUGUCAUGGCUUGUAUACUUGAUAAUUCUAUUUUGAAGUCAUUCUUGGCAACACUACUUGGCACCUACUGUAAAACGAUGAGUUACAUUCAUUGUGCAUCUCUUAACUAAGUGCGUAUUUCGGAUUGGGGAGUAUCUAUGAUUAUAAAAUUAGGUCCACUUUUGAGUACAAUUCAUUGUGUUUAUUUGUGAAUACUAAAUGACUUCAUUCCAUAACAUUAGAUUUAGCUGAGUACACAAUCCUGUUUCCUCUUACAAUAAUGGGCAUUUGAGUAGCUAUGGUGGCCCAAAAAACUGACUGAUAAACUUCAUUACUACUGUAAAAUAAACACAUGGUCAUUUGUAUUAAGAAUUGUCCCUGUGUGUCUUGACCUUCAGCGUCUUCAUAAACAUGUGCCCUUCUACCUCUAUCCACUGUUAAAGCAUGGAAAGAAAUAGAAAUUUCUCAUGAUGUCUACGUAUCGGAUUAAAUAAAACUUGCCUUUGAUUAUGA